AUGUCUUCCAAUCUUGUUCAGUUUGUGCCAUUUUCAUCGGCUGUUGAAGCACCAUUUUGGCAUACUCUAUCCACGCGUAAAAUUGAUCUGUAUAAAUUAGACGAUGCACCACAAAACAUUUUAGGAUAUUAUUCCGUUGGUUAUUCUCUACGAUCACAACAUGCCACCGAAGCUAACAUUACCAUGCCAGCUCGCCUAUAUCUCGGAACCGGGGCUUUCGACACUAAUACUACCUUACCACCUUUUACCUAUCCUUCACCUGGCGCAAUAAAGAAUACCAACACUAUAGAAGAAUUCAAAACACUUGAUAAGACUGCAUUAUUCAAAGGGACUGCUGAACAAAUUUGGCAAGAUAUCAUUUCCGGUGCUGCUGUAAAAGAUCCUUACCUUCUUACACGGUUUAUCCUUGUCACCUUUGCUGAUUUGAAAAAAUAUAAAUAUUAUUACUGGUUUGGGUUUCCUGCAUUACUCACUGAACCACCAUGGAUUAUUGUAAAUAAUGAAGUCAAAGGUGUUGAUGAAGUAUGGGAUAGUACAGAGAAAAUAGUAGGGUUCGCCGAUCCAUCAAGUUUGCCUACCAAUCCCGGGUGGCCUCUUCGUAAUCUUUUAGCAUUACUGAAACGUCACUGGAAUGUGAAUAAAAUUAAAGUGAUAUGUUAUAGAGAAAUCCCUAGUAAAAAGGAUAUUUCAAACAGUCGUAUUUUGACUGUAGAAAUCCCUGAUACGACAGUAAUUCCUGCUGUAGGAUGGGAAAAAAAUUUAUUAGGUAAACUUGGACCCCGCACCGUUGAUCUUGCCCAUAUGAUGGAUCCAAUAAACGAAGGUCAUGAUAUUAGUAUUCCGAUGCCAGGUCAUCCUAUUACUUCGGAGUCUCAAGUCAAGGCUGAUGUGGAAAAGCUCAUACAACUUAUUGAAUCUCAUGAUGUCAUAUUUUUAUUAAUGGAUAGCAGAGAAAGUAGAUGGUUACCCACGUUAUUAGGUGCAAGUAUGCGUAAGCUCGUUAUAAAUGCCGCCUUAGGGUUUGAUACCUACGUGGUAAUGCGACAUGGCGUAAAAGAUGAUUCAGAAUGCCAAACAACUGGCUCUUCUGAUAAAGCAAUGCCGCCAGUGAAACAGCUAGGUUGCUAUUUCUGUAACGAUGUAGUAGCGCCAACAGACUCUCUCAAGGAUCGUACCCUUGAUCAACAAUGUACAGUGACCCGGCCUGGUUUAUCAGCUAUUGCUUCUGCAUAUGCUGUCGAACUGAUGGUGUCUGUCCUACAUCAUGAGAAAGGUCCUGCUGCCCCCGCUGAUACGAAUGCCGAACCAACUUCUUAUUCUGAUUUUUCUUCAUCGUCGCCUUUGGGAAUUAUACCACAUCAAAUGCGGGGAUUUUUAACCCAUUUCAAUAAUAUGAUUGUUGUGGGACAGGCUUAUGAACGUUGUACGGCUUGUUCAGAAGCAGUGCUAAAUGAAUAUAAAACAAAUGGCUUCGAAUUUUUGAAACGUGCUUUUAAUUCUCCUGCUUGUCUGGAAGAAGUAACCGGAUUAACAAAAUUACAUCAGGAAAGUGAAGUCGCUGAUGAUUUUGAUUGGGAUGAAGAAGAUACUGAAUUAUAA